AUGAUUUUACCAAAUUAUUUAAUUUCCAAAAUUUUAAAUUAUUUAAUUUUCCACGAAUACCAAUAUGAAAUAAAUUAUAUUAGUUUAGAUAAAAAUUAUUUUGAUAAUAAUUAUUAUAUUUGUGAACAUUUUCCAGCUUCACAUAUACUUUCCUAUGGAUUAGUUUGUAAAGAAUUAUUUGAAAUAGUUUCAAGUUUAAUAACUAUUACAUCAAGAUUAUCAUUCAAAUGUCCAAGACACUCAAAAUUUUGUAUUGUCCAAUCAAAGAAUAUCACUAGAUUUAUUGAAGAGCAUAGACCAAGUUAUAAAACUAAAUCAGAGAGAGAUUCAAUUAAAUCUUCACUAUUAAAAGAAAAUAACUAUGGUGAAAGGUAUAGAACAAUUCAAGAAUUAUUAGAUAUUUACCCAAAUUUGAAAGAGUUAGUUUACAAUAUCAAUUUAUUAAUUUUCUCUGAUUUUAAUGAAUUAAGAUUUUGGGAUGAAAAAUUCUUUGAGCAGUUUAAUAGCGAAUUUUUAAAAUCAACAACUUCAUCAAAUGUUAAAAUUAAAAUUCGAAUUUUAUUAUACUGUGAACCAAAUUCAAAUAUUAAAACUAUUUCAACUAAAAAAUCAAUUUUAAAAUUUAAAAAUGAUAUAGAAAAUUCAAAUAAAAAAGUUCAAGUUGAUUUAUUGUAUUUAAAAGGUUUAGAUUCAAAUAUGGAAAAUCAAGAUGACAUCUUUCAAUUAAUUAAUAAUUUAACACCAAAGAAAUUAAUAAUUGUAAAUGAAAAAAAGAUAUUAAAUGGUGAAUUACAAGAAAUUCAAGAUAAGAAUAGUGGUGAUGGUGGUGGUGGUGGUUUCUUUUCACAUUCAAGUUAUUUAAAAGUAUUACAAAUAAACAAUAUAAAAAAAAUUAAAAUUAUAAAGGAUUUCAUGGAUCCAUUUGUAUUUAUCGGGAUAGAGAAUAAUAUACAAUUAAAAUCAGUUGAUAUAGGAUUUCAUUUUCAUGAAAUAUUAUUUCAUAUGAUUCGAUUAUUUAAACCUGUGAACAAAAAUAAUUCUUCUCAUUUGAUUGAAAAUUGCAAAAAUUUAAAAAAAUACAUUUCAAAUUCAGAUUUUUCAUUCCUAGAUAAAGAUGAUUUUUAUUGUUUUAAAUCAAUUUGUAAUGCUGAUGAAGAGGUUAUUCAACCUAUACAAUCAAUUUUUAGAGUGAGCCAUUGUAUAAAAGAUUGGGAAGAAAUGUGUCACUCAAUAUCAAUUUCUACAACUUUAAAAGAUUUAAAAAUUAAAGAGUUUUGUAAUAAAUUACAUUGCCAAAUUUGGAAAUCAAUUUCAUCCUACUCAAACAAAAAAAGUGAUGGUAUUACUGAUGAUGGUGAUGACGUAGGCGAUAGAGUUGAUUGUUGUUCUCAUGAUAAAAUACAUUAUCGUGACUGUAUUAAUGGAAAUGAAGUAAUGAAUAAAAUCCCAUUUUUCACUGACCCUUUUUCAUUAAUGAUUUCAAAUAACAAAUCAAUAGAGACUUUACACUUGGAAGGAAUGAAUGGGUUAUUAAAUGAAACUGUAUUAUCAUCAUUUAUUAAAAAUAAAUCUAUUAAAAAACUCUCUCUAAACUAUUCACUAUCUCAUUCAAAUUUAGAUUAUUUUUUAACAAAUGUAAUGCCACGAAACACCACGAUUAAACACUUGGAAAUUGUAUUAACUGAUAAAUUAUGGUGUGAUAAAAAUACUUGUUGUCCUAAUUCUUUAGCAAAUUUCAUUCAAACAAAUACAACAUUAUCCACUUUAAAAUGUCAAUUCUUUGAUACAAUAAUAGAUGAUUCAAAUGAUGGAGCUAAAAAACUAACAUUUGAAUCAUUAAUUAAUUCCAGUAAAAUACAAAAAAUAAACAUUUCAACUUAG